AGAAUUUGUGCUGUUCGGCUCUGGCACGUUAGUCUGCCUACCAUGGACACCCCGGGGUAGGGCCCUUCCCGGCGGGGCGGCCGCGGCCCCUCCGCGCCCACGAAGACCCAGCGCCGGCAGGGGAGGGGCUCCUGGCUCAGUCAAGGCGGCAAUAUGCCAGCUCCUGAACAGAUCCCUUUGGAAGAUGGGCUGCAACCGACCAACCAAGAAUCUUCUGCAAAUCCUGCCAUGGAAACAGAGGCUACUGCCACUACUAUUCUAGCUUCUGUAAAAGAACAGGAACUCCAGUUUCAAAGACUCACCAGAGAACUUGAAGUGGAAAGGCAAAUUGUUGCCAGUCAGUUAGAAAGAUGCCGGCUUGGAGCAGAAUCGCCAAGCAUUGCAAGCACAAGUUCUACUGAGAAGUCUUUUCCCUGGAGACCUGCAGAAUUUCCAAACACAGGUGUAAAUAAGCUCAGAACAUCUGAGAGUGUUCCUAUCACUUCUUAUCAUGUUGGAACGGAGUCUGAACAAGGAAAUCUUUACUCUCCAGAGCAGACAUCGCUUCAUGAAAGUGAGGGAUCUGUUGGUAACUCUAGAAGUUCAACACAGAUGAAUUCAUAUUCUGAUAGUGGGUACCAGGAAGUAGGCAGUUUCCAUAACAGCCAGAACCGAGGAAAAGGAGAGAGCAGACAGCAGCAAUCUUUUGCAGGAGCAAAUAAUAACCAUUUAGUGCGAAGUUCACGUGCUGAAGGACAAGCUUUGGUACAGACAGCACCAAACAUAGCUUCCACCAACAGAGCCAUGAGACGUGUAAGUUCUGUUCCAUCAAGGGCCCAAUCUCCCUCAUAUGUAACCACCACAGGAGUUUCCCCUUCAAGGGGAUCACUCAGAACUUCUUUAGGAAGUGGCUAUGGUUCGCCAUCUAUUACUGAGUCACGGUCUGUCAGCUCUAAUGUUUUCUCAACAUUACCUGUUCAAAGAGCAGCAUCUCCAUUUACUACACAGAGGCCUGCCUCACCAGUAGCAGUGCGCCGAAUUGGUUCAAUAACAUCUAGGCAAUCAACCAAUCCCAAUGGAGGAACUCCUCAAUACCAGCCUUCAGUCAGAGUUGGUUCACCUCUCACAAUAAAUGAUACGCAGACAAGAGUAGCCUCUCCACCCUUAACUCAAGUUGGAUCUUCAUCACCAAAGCGCUCUGGGAUGACUGCUGUUCCACAACAUUUGGGAACAUCGUUGCAACAGACACUUCAUGACAUUGAGCAAUACGCACAGCAGUAUGAUAUCUAUGAAAGAAUGGUCCCACCUCGUCCAGACAGCCUUACAGGCUUAAGGAGUUCAUAUGCUAGUCAACAUAGUCAACUUGGACAGGAGUUACGUUCUAAUGUAUCUCCUGAUUUACAUAUCACUCCCAUUUAUGAAGGUAGACCUUAUUAUAGUCCAGUAUACCACAGUCCAAGCCAUGGAACAGGUGAUGUAUCCCAAGGAUCCCAAACUGCAUUAUAUCGAACUGGCUCAGGUGUUGGAAAUCUGCAAAGAUCAUCUAGUCAGCGUAGCACUCUUACAUACCAAAGAAAUAAUUACGCGCUGAACACAACAGUUACCUACGCAGAACCCUAUAGAUCACUUCAUUAUCGGAUGUCUGAAUCGAAUUAUAACAGAAUGCAACAUGCAGUCCCUGCUGAUGAUGGAACAACAAGAUCUCCAUCUAUAGACAGCAUCCAGAAAGAUCCCAGAGAAUUUGCAUGGCGGGAUCCAGAGUUGCCGGAAGUCAUUCAUAUGCUUCAGCACCAGUUUCCAUCAGUUCAGGCGAAUGCUGCAGCCUACCUACAGCAUCUGUGCUUUGGAGAUAAUAAAAUAAAAACCGAGGUGUGCAGGUUAGGAGGAAUCAAGCACUUGGUUGACCUGUUAGACCACAGAGUUCUUGAAGUUCAGAAGAAUGCUUGUGGGGCACUGCGAAACCUGGUAUUUGGGAAAUCUACAGAUGAAAAUAAGAUAGCAAUGAAAAAUGUUGGUGGAAUAGCUGCACUUUUACGGUUACUAAGAAAAUCAAUUGAUGCAGAAGUAAGAGAACUUGUCACAGGUGUCCUCUGGAACCUGUCUUCGUGUGAUGCAGUAAAAAUGACAAUCAUCCGAGAUGCUCUAGGAACAUUAACAAACAGUGUGAUAGUUCCUCAUUCUGGAUGGAAUAAUUCUUCCUUUGAUGAUGAUCAUAAAAUUAAAUUCCAAACUUCUUUAGUUCUGCGCAACACAACAGGUUGUCUAAGGAAUUUAAGUUCUGCAGGAGAAGAGGCAAGGAAACAAAUGAGAUCUUGUGAAGGAUUGGUUGAUUCUUUGUUAUAUGUGAUCCAUACGUGUGUGAACACUUCUGAUUAUGACAGCAAGACAGUCGAAAACUGUGUGUGCACACUUCGGAACCUUUCUUACCGUCUAGAGCUGGAGGUUCCUCAAGCCCGCCUUCUUGGCAUCAGUGAGCUGGAUGACUUUUUGGGGAAGGAAUCACCUAGCAAAGAUUCUGAUUCAAGCUGCUGGGGGAAAAAGAAGAAGAAAAAGAAAAAAACUUCACAAGAGGAUCAGUGGGAUGGAGUUGGUCCAAUACCAGGGUUAUCCAAAUCUCCUAAAGGCGUGGAAAUGUUGUGGCACCCAUCUGUAGUAAAACCAUAUCUAACUCUUCUAGCUGAAAGUUCUAACCCAGCCACUUUGGAGGGUUCGGCAGGGUCUCUUCAGAAUCUUUCUGCAGGCAACUGGAAGUUUGCAGCUUAUAUUCGAGCUGCUGUCAGGAAAGAGAAAGGACUUCCAAUUCUCGUGGAAUUGCUAAGAAUGGACAAUGAUAGAGUUGUUUCUUCCGUGGCAACAGCCCUAAGAAAUAUGGCAUUAGAUGUGCGUAACAAGGAACUUAUUGGUAAAUAUGCUAUGCGGGACUUGGUAAAUCGCCUUCCGGGAGGCAGUGGGCCCAACAUUCUCUCUGAUGAAACAGUAGCAGCCAUCUGCUGUGCUUUGCACGAAGUCACCAGUAAAAACAUGGAAAAUGCCAAAGCCUUGGCUGAUACGGGAGGGAUAGAAAAAUUGGUAAACAUAACCAAAGGAAGAGGGGACAGAUCAUCACUAAAGGUUGUCAAGGCAGCAGCCCAGGUGCUCAACACAUUAUGGCAAUAUCGUGAUCUCCGUAGCAUUUAUAAAAAGGAUGGCUGGAAUCAAAAUCAUUUUAUUACUCCUGUGUCAACACUUGAGCGUGACAGAUUCAAGUCACAUCCCUCCUUGUCUACAGCAAAUCAGCAGAUGUCACCUAUUAUUCAGUCUGUUGGCAGCACAUCUUCCUCACCAGCACUCUUGGGAAUUAGAGACCCUCGUUCCGAAUAUGAUAGGACCCAGACUUCUAUGCAAUAUUAUAACAGCCAAGGUGAUGGGAUUGCACAUAAAGACAUCUACACUGGGUCUAGUAAACCUUCGCCAAUUUAUAUCAGUUCCUAUUCCUCACCAGCAAGGGACCAAAAUCGGCGCCUACAGCAUCAGCACUUGUACUACAGUCAAGAUGAUUCCAACAGAAAGCAUUACGAUGCAUAUAGGUUAUAUUUGCAAUCCCCACAUAGUUACGAAGACCCAUAUUUUGAUGAUCGGGUUCACUUCCCAGCUUCUACGGAUUACGCAACACAGUAUGGACUGAAAUCAACCACAAACUAUGUCGAUUUCUAUUCUACCAGACGACCUUCUUACAGAACAGAACAAUAUCCAGGGUCCCCUGACUCUUGGGUGUAGCAUUCAUAAAUCAUACAGUUUCUUUCUAACUUUGCUUGAGAAGAAGUUGAGUAAAGGUUUCGUUGUUUUGAGGGAGAAGUGUGAAAGUGAAUUACAAAGAAGGAAAGAAGGAUGAGUUUUAAUAAUCAGGAUGACGGGAGAGAAAUUGGAAAGAGAGGAGAUUUGCUCUGUUUAGAUUUUAGAUCUCAUUACUUGUAGUUCCUCUAGUUCGGUGAAGGUGUGGGCAACGUGAUGAAAGGUUGGAGAACUGAGGGAAAUGGAUUUGGGAAAUGUGUAGAUCAGAUCAAAUUACAGAUGAUUUUUUUUU